GAAUGAUCCUUCUUUUCAGUGCUCUCUAUUUUCAGGAAGCGCGAAUCAGCAGUUACCGGUUCCCACGUACGCCGCACUCCUUUAGAGUAUCCAAGAGCCUUUCGCUUACAAUGCUUACGAGCAUCUCUACAAACGAUAUAUAUAUAAUUUCAUCCAUGUUGAUUAUUGUGGAUGUGUAAGGAUGUUGGAUAAUUUGAGGAGGGUGUACUCAGUUCAUGUUUGAUCUCAAAGGCCUGCUUUUAGCUGCAUCAUACGAAAAUACUUACAAUGCUUAGAAUACUACAAGCAGAUUGCCGGCUCCAGAGAGCUGGUAGACAGCUUUGGAAAAAUUUGUGGGAGCAGAUUCAUGAAUGUAAAAGUCUAGCUCAAUCCACAAAAUGUGGUGCAUUAGAAUUUUAUUGUGAACUGCAUACUGGAUGUGUACAUCUGAGUCAGAGAUACCUUAGAGGAGGAACACUAAAACACACUUGGUGGACCAAAGGUUUAUCAUUUGAUGAAGUAAAACUUGUACACAAGAGAUUUAUGUCUGAAACAGAGUCUUUAGAGCCCUCUGGAAAACUGUCGAAUGAUAUAAACUUUGCUGAAAAAGAAAAUGAAUACUUUUAUGAAUAUUUGGCAUCAUUACCUGAAUGUAGGCCAUACUUUCUUCGUCAUUCAUUCUGUGGACAUGGUCCUGAAUUGGAGGAAUGUAAGAUUAAUACAUUAAUGGAGGGAAUUCAAAAUAAAGCCUGUCCUGAAUUAAUACCACAGGAAAUUUUGCAAUUGCUACAACACUGGGCCACAGUUUCAGAGAGAGUAGGACCAGAAGGGCUUGAAAAUGAAAAGUUUGCUUUGCUUGUUAAGCUCGUUACGAAACAUAUAUACAGCAUGAACUUUAAGCAAGUCAUUGAAAGUAUGGCUUAUAUCAGUAGACUGGGUUUACGCAAUUCUGUUACAUAUAGUGAAUCAAGGAAAAACCGUAUCCUCCUUUCAAAGAGCUAUGAUAACAUGCUAUGUGGAACUUUGAUAAGGCUGAAUUUGCAGGAACUCCUGCUGGCUGCAGACUUUCUGUUUGCAUUAAGGGGAAGCUCAUUCACAAAGUUUCCCUAUCUUAUAUGUGAAAGAGUGAAACCAUUUUUACCCACAAUGACAAAGCCAGAACUUAUCCUAUUGCUGUUUCAUAUCAGUGCAUGUCGCAGAACACCUGAAGGUUUUGUUGACCUAAUCAUGAAUCUUCUCAGCAAAGAUAUGGCCAACCUGUCCUUGGAGGAAGUUGGUAUCAUCAACUUGGCACAUUACAAAACCCGUACACUAAUCCGACGGGCCACAUACUUCAUGGCAGUGUCUAAGAACCUUAAAAAGAGAAUUAGUCAGGAUCUCAAUCCUAUAUGCCUAGCAGCAGUGCUGAAAUAUGAUGAUGCUUCCCUGAACAAAUGUAAAGAAAAUCAAGCUCCUCAGUUUUUUACCAUGCUCGAGGACCUGGUGGAUCCAUUGUUACCACAUAUUUCCACUCUACCUCCACAGACACUAAUGCAUAUAUUAAACUUGUUUUAUUCCCUUGAUCUGUUGCCUGAGAGCCUUUUCUUGGCUGUAGUUGACCGGAUUCUUUGCAAAGGAGUGACAGAGUGGAGGCUAAAAGAUAUGGCACGUGUAACCCAGAUCCUAAGCAACAUACCACUUGCAGCAGAAAAAAGAACUGAGGCUCUAUUAAACAUCACAACUGAGCUAGGGAAUCCACAACGGCAGGAGGAGAAAGAAAAACACUAUGGUCGUUUGCUACAAGUUGCCAUGGCGCUAAGUUUUUCUGGCAUUUACCCUCCCUUUCUGGCCCAAGAGAUCUUCAGUGACACCUUUCAAAAAGCUUUUCAAGGUUCUGAAAUUGAUUAUCGACGAGAUCUCUAUCAUCUAUCUCAAAGCAUUUUCAUUGAGGACACUGCGUAUCAGGGUCCCUUUCAGCAGAGCGAAAAUUUGCCGAAACUUCCAAAAAGCAAGAUGUAUGGCAAAGUGGUGAAGGCGUCAAUGAACAAAGCAGCCAAUAGAGAGAUGAGUAUUCGCGAUUGGGUUUUAGUGGAUCUCAUGGAAGUACUACAGAAAGUCUGCCCAAACUGCUUAAUUCAUCCUGUUUUCUUAUUACCACAUUUCCAGACAGCUGAUAUUGAGAUCACUUUACUGAAGAAAGAGAAGACUGAAGAGGCACAGUGUACAAGGCCAUUUGAUUUGGAUUCUACUGAUUGUGCAGUAGUAUUGCAUGGCAGUCAUGCAUAUCAAAAUGUGCGAAUGUUAGGUGGGCAAACAGUCUCACUAUUACGCCAGUACCAUGCCAUGAGGCCUCGGCAGCUGAGGAAGCUAGGUGUAUCUGUUGUAGAGAUCCCCUAUACAGACUUCCAGUUGGCAAGUGACAGAAAAGCUUACAUUAAAGAAAAGCUUGCUGAAGCUCGUGCAAGUGAAAAAUGAUAUUUGCAGAUUGUUCUGAUUUACUGACCUGGCUAAACAGUUCAGAUUCUAGCAUUGUAAGAAAGCUUUAUAGCCCUAUACAAGUAAUAGCAAAUCCAGAAGGAAAUUUGAAACACUGUUACAAAGUAUAUAUUACAUUUUGAAAUAAAAACAAAAUAACACUGCAAA